CUGCAAAACUGGAUUAUACAGACACUAAUACAGCAGAAGAGAAGUCUGUAUAUACAGAAACAUAUAGUAAUUCUUUUAAAAAUAUGCUGUCUGGAAAUCAAGGACCAUUGCUUCAAAUUAUCAUUACUGGCUAAAGUACAAAGUGUUCCUGGCAUCAAUACAGCUGCGCCGCGCCCGGUAGCCAUGGCGACGGACUGAGCCUGCGCAGUGGUGCGGUCAGAACCCCGGGCAACUUCCGGUUCUGCGGCGUGGAUUUUCGGGUGGAGGGUACUUAAGCAGUAAGGAAGAUGAAGAGACAUUGCAUGACCUUGCUACUGGUUUUCCUCAGUGCAUCUAAAUCUGCCCCCCCAUGUAAAAAUGCUUAUGAGUGUCCGAAGGAUCACCAAGAUGUCUACACAGAUCAAACUGUAAAAGAGGUUCCCAAGUCUACAAAACCGAAAAUUACUGAGAUAUUCUUUGUUCAAACUAAUAUAUCUACUAUUAGAAAAGAUGCCUUCAAAUACAUGCCUAACCUAGAAAAAAUAUUCUUUAUUAAUAACAUUAUUGAAUCGGUUGAAGUUGGCGCCUUUGAUAAUCUGAACAAACUUGAAGAACUGGAAAUAUCUGGAAAUAACAAAUUGGAAAAGUUAUUUUCUGGAACCUUCAAUAAUCUUAAGAGCCUGAAAAAAUUGCUUCUUAAAAUUAAUUAUAUUAGCUUUUUGGAGGAAGGGAUUUUUGAUCAUCUGGAAAAUUUAGAAGAACUGUAUUUAAAUGUCAAUCAGCUCCCAUCCUUUCCUCCUGCUCUGUUUGACUCACUUGGUAACCUCAGCACUUUACAUCUUGCUAAAAAUAAAAUAACUUCUAUAUCAAAAGAAGCUUUCAGCAAACUGUCCAAGCUGAAUAGACUUCGCCUCUAUGAAAAUGAACUAACUGAUCUUCCAGAAGGUUUAUUGGACAAUAAUCCAGCCCUUACUGAAUUCAAUGCUGCAAAUAACAAAAUAAAAUCAUUGCCUAAAGACUUUUUGGCUAAAUCAGUAAAUCUAGAGAAGUUAUAUUUGGAUGCAAAUCUAAUUGAAGAAUUGCCCAACAACAUUUUUCAUGGUCUUGAUAAAAUUAAACAGUUGAAACUAAACUCAAAUAAGCUCAGACGUCUUCCAGACAAACUCACUGAUAACAUGCCUCUUCUCACUGAGCUUGAUUUUCAUAAGAAUGAAUUAACAACCAUUCCACAAAGGAUUUUUAAGAACUUUAAAUCCUUAACAAAACUGAUAAUUUCAUCAAACAAAAUAGAUACCCUUAACAAGGAAAUAUUUUCUGGUCUUGAUAAACUAACUGAACUAAACUUAGAUACAAAUUCAUUGGCAUCUUUAGAUGUUGAUGUAUUCUCAUUGCUGCCAAAGCUAAAGACAGUUAGACUUUCUAGAAAUCAGUUCACAAAUCUGCCUGCUGCAUUCGUUGACAAACUGGCAAAGGUUAGUAGUGUAUAUUUAAAGGAUAAUCCAUGGGUAUGUGAUUGUCACUUAGAACAACUUUAUCAAUGGAUAAAACAAAAUAAGGCAAAAGUGAAAGAUGCUGAUAAGCUAUUGUGUAGCGCUCCUAUUCAUCUUAAAGGUAAAGGGAUAAUUGUUUUAGCAAAGGGUGAAUUCAUUUGUUUAACAAGCCCAUUAAUUACAACAUUUUCUACAACCUUGCCGCCAUUUGUUAGUUCUACAGGGAUCAACACACCACAUGCUACUGCUUCUGCUUUACAAAGUACAACAAAUAAACUAUCCACAGCAAUAGUACUUACAACUACCAAACACACAACAUUUUCACCAACUACAACUACUGAAGCUACAACUCUAAAAGUUACAACUGUAAUGCCUAGAACAGAAAUAACAACCAUGACUCCUACUACAAAAAAAAUGUUAACAACAACUGAAUUAACAACUCUUCUCCAAACCACAAAAGUCACAACCCAGUCUACUACAACUAUUUUUUCCACAACACAAAGUACAACUACGGACCCUACAACUAAUUUAUUUACAACAACUGUCAAGACCACAACAAAACAAGAACCAACAACAACAACGGAAGUAACAACACUUCCUCAAACCACAGAGGUCACAAUGCAACAAACCACAACUAUCACACCUACAUCACAAAGCACAACUAUAGACCCUACUACUACAUUAGAGGUGAAAACUGUAAGAUCCACAACAGAACAAGAGACAACAACAACUGAAGUAACAACAGUUUUCCAAACCACAAAAGUUACAACUCAACCAACAACUAUCUUGUCUACAACACAAAUCACAACUAUAGACCCUACUACUACAUUAGAGCUAACAACUGUAAGAACCACAACAGAACAAGAGACAACAACAACUGAAGUAACAACAGUUUUCCAAACCACAAAAGUUACAACUCAACCAACAACUAUCUUGUCUACAACACAAAUCACAACUAUAGACCCUACUACUACAUUAGAGCUGACAACUGUAAGAACCACAACAGAACAAAAGACAACAGCAACUGAAGUAACAACAUCGGUCCAAACCACAAAACUCACAACUCUAAUGCCUACAACACAAAGCACAACAAUAAAUCCAACUACUAAACUAGAGGUGACAACUGAAAGGACCACCAUAGAACAAGGGACAGCAACUGAAUUUACAACAAUUCUCCAAACAACAACUCAACCAACCACAACAAAAAGCACAACUGUGGAAUCUACAACUACUCCAACAUUGACUACUACAACACUAUCUCAGAUGUCUACUACAACCAAAACCACAUCUUUGGAAGACACUACAUUGGAAAGUGUUCUCCUCACAACAUUGAAAACAUCUCCAUUUGCCACAACAAUGCUUCUGCCACCAGAAAUCAACAUAAGUACUUCAAGUCCUGCCCAAACAGGAACACUAUCACUGUGGCCCACAUAUUCAUUCCUAACCAGUGGGACAACCAUACACUACACCAAAAAAAUUAACUCAACAUUCUCACCAUUACACCAAUCUCAGAUGAAAGCCUGGCAGCAUAUUCUUCUUGGAACCAAUUUCCAAUACUGCAAAUCUUUAUUUGUCUCCUAUAUGUGUUUACUAUGUAUAGAAAUCUGCUCAACGACAAUACUGCUAAGAUUUACAUAUACUUUACACAAAGCUACACGUGAAGUGAAGAUGCCAGUCCAUCCUGUGAGGCUAGUGUAUAUCUAUACAAAAAAAGAUAAAACAUAGACAGACAUAUUUCUCUAUAGAAUGCCUCAUUUUGAAUAUAAAAUAUGAUUAUGCAUUGGAGAUCCUCCAAAGAAUGCCUUGCUACCCUGGCACCAUUGUGGUUAAUAGUUUUCUUUAGGUAGCUAUGUGUAAUAUACAAAUAUGAAUAUGAUUGCCCAUGGAAACAAUAAGGUUAAAGGGAAAUGAAACACCUUUUGAAUUUGUCAUAAAGGGCAGAUUACUAGUGGAGUGCAACCUUUAGCACAGGGUGCGUUAUCCUCAGUGCUAACUUGUGAAAAGAAUAGCGCACAAUUUGAUAUUACAAGAACAGAAUCUUAACGCUGCUGACAUUUUCUUAUAUCAUUUGAAUGGGUAGAGUAGGGUGUACUAUAAAAGUUCACAUUUUAAUGGUGAGUUAAGAAUUGAGUUUCAGCACAACAUAAAAUAGCACUGAAAAAUGUAGCACUUUUGAAGACCUGAAGCAACAUGCUUGAAAAUAUGCAUACCCCCCCCCCAUGUAAAAUAUAUUCAAAUCAAGUGCUCGACUAAUAUUUAUGUAUAUGUAUAUAUACACAUCUGCGUGUGGGUGUAUGUAUCUAUCCAUGUGUGUGUCUUUUAACAUAUGUAUGUAUGUAUGUAUGUACAGUGGGGAAAAAAAGUAUUUAGUCAGCCACCAAUUGUUCAAGUUCUCCCACUUAAGAAGAUGAGAGAGGCCUGUAAUUUUCAUCAUAGGUAUACCUCAACUAUGAGAGACAAAAUGUGGAAACAAAUCCAGACAAUCACAUUGUCUGAUUUGGAAAGAAUUUAUUUGCAAAUUAUGGUGGAAAAUAAGUAUUUGGUCACCUACAAACAAGCAAGAUUUCUGGCUCUCACAGACCUGUAUCUUCUUCUUUAAGAGGCUCCUCUGUCCUCCACUCAUUACCUGUAUUAAUGGCACCUGUUUGAACUUGUUAUCAGUAUAAAAGACACCUGUCCACAACCUCAAACAGUCACACUCCAAACUCCACUAUGGUGAAGACCAAAGAGCUGUCGAAGGACACCAGAAACAAAAUUGUAGACCUGCACCAGGCUGGGAAGACUGAAUCUGCAAUAGGCAAGCAGCUUGGUGUGAAGAAAUCAACUGUGGGAGCAAUAAUUAGAAAAUGGAAGACAUACAAGACCACUGAUAAUCUCCCUAGAUCUGGGGCUCCACGUAAGAUCUCACCCCAUGGGGUAAAAAUGAUCACAAGAAC